AUGAUUUUACUUCGUUCCAUUCGUCAACCACGACUACGCGCUUUCUCGACCAAUGUCGACCCAGCCGCGUACUGCGAAGAUUUUGUCAGAAAACACGACUACGAUUCAUUUCUUAUUGGCAAGUUCUGGUCUGGCCCACUGCAGCAACCAUAUUUUGCCAUAAAAGCCUUUUCGACAGAGCUCGCGAUGAUACAAGAUAGCGUGUCCAACGCAACAAUUGGUGCGAUGCGGAUUCAAUUCUGGCGCGACGCGGUUCGCGACAUAUUUGCGGCAAGCAGUCUCAAUCCUGGCUCAUUCCCUCCAAGACAUCCUAUUGCACUUGCCCUGCAUCAAGCGACCAAAGCAGCAGACCUUCCAGCAUACUAUUUCAAGCGAAUUGUCGAUGCCCGAGAUACAGAGCUGCGUUCAGGGACAUAUCAGUCAUCAGAAGGACUAGUCGCCCAUGCUGAGAGUGUAGCCUCCAGUGUGUUAUAUCUCCUCUUGGCGUUGAGAGGUUUGGGAGGGUCAGACACAUUCGCUCAUGCCGCUUCACACCUCGGGACCGCACAAACAAUCGCUACCCUAGUCCGAGGACUCCCCCAUCAUGCUGCCAACCGACAGUUGCCUCUUCCUCUCGAUAUUUCCGCUCGGCAUGGGGUCAAGCAAGAAGAAGUGUUUCGACACGGCGGAGACGCGUCAGGAAUAGACGGUGCUGUUUAUGAUGUUGCUGUUCUGGCCAACGACCAUUUGCUCACUGCUCGGGACAUGUUCAAAGAAGAACUUGGAGGUAAAGUUCCCGCAUUGGCAAUGCCUGUCUUUCUUGCUGGCGUUCCCGUGACCAGCUUUCUUGAGCGGCUGGAAAAAUGUAACUUUGACGCGUUCAACAAGUCGCUGGCUUUGCGGGAUUGGCGAGUGUCAUGGAGGAUUUACAGAGCCGCAUACCAUAGAACCUUUUGA